CUGCGAGUUUAGUUCUACCUGAGAUCGCAUAGCACUCGGAACGGAACUUUCAACGGCAGGGAAAAUUUAUAAAUAUAAACAGUAGCCUAGCUGUAUUAUCAUGUGGACUGAUCUCGCAGGCAAAGUAAUCUUGGUGACCGGAGCUGGAGCCGGAAUUGGUCAGGCAUUGGUCAAGCAGUUAGCCUCAGCGGGAGCCACGGUCAUUGCGGUGGCCAGAAAGCCGGAUCAGCUCAAGGAACUAGUGGCCUUCGAUUCGGUGCACAUCAAGCCUCUCCAAUUGGAUCUCAGCGGUUGGCAGGCGGUCCGCGAUGGUCUGGCUAAUGUGCCUCCACUAGAUGGACUGGUUAACAAUGCCGGCGUCGCCGUCAUCAAGCCUUUCGAGGAGCUCACCGAACAGGAUUUCGAUACCCACUUCGAUGUGAACAUCAAGGCCGUAUUCAAUGUCACCCAAUCCCUGUUGCCCCGUCUCAAAGACGGAGCCUCCAUUGUCAACGUGUCCUCGAUAGCCUCGUCACGUUCCUUUGGCGGACAUACUGCCUAUAGUGCCACCAAGGCUGCUCUCGACUCUCUGACCAAAUCGCUGGCUUUGGAGCUGGGACCUCGAAAGAUCCGUGUGAACUCCGUCAAUCCCACCGUGGUGCUGACCAAAAUGGGUGCCGAUAAUUGGUCAGAUCCAGCCAAGAGUGGACCGCUCUUGGCCCACAUUCCACUAAAUCGUUUCUGCGAAGUCCAGGAGGUUGUGGAUGCCACCGGUUAUCUGUUGAGCAGCAAGUCCAGUUUCGUGAAUGGCCAUCACAUCCUUCUCGAGGGAGGAUACUCUGUUUCCUAAGUAACGAUUUUGAAAUGCAAUGUACAGUACCGAUAUAUUUGACAAAAUUAGAAAUGAAAAUUAAAACAGGUUAGCAAUCCACUUUUCCACAAA